AUGGAAGGAUUUACGCUUGUGAUCUCUAUCAAAACAGAGUGCACUGUCGUCAUAUUGCUUUAUACAUUGUAUUGUUCUGCAGAUUGUUUAAGUUUCAAUCAACAGUGUGUUGCCAGAACCCUUGAAAUUUUAACUUCAAAAUUUAUAUCCUUUUUCCAGCCUUCCAGAGAGCUUGCAGAGCAGACUUUAAACCAAAUUCAAAAGUUUAAGAAAUAUCUUGAAAACCCAGUUAUCCGAGAGGUGUUGUGCAUUGGUGGUAUAGCAGCUAGGGACACUAUUAAUAGUCUUAUGGAUGGGGUGGACAUUGUGGUUGGGACACCAGGUCGCUUGGAGGACCUUAUCUCCACUGGGAAAUUACUGCUGUCUUCUGUCAGAUUCUUUGUUUUAGAUGAAGCUGAUGGUUUACUCUCUGCGGGAAACAAAGAUUUGAUUGAUAGAAUUCAUCAGCAGAUCCCAAAGAUUACUAGUGAUGGCAAACGAUUACAGAUGGUUGUCUGUUCUGCAACUCUGCACUCUUUUGAUGUGAAGAAACUGGCU